AUGGCGACUCCAAAAAGGAUUCCAUCACUCGGUUGCUACGACACCGCGCUGUGCGUUAUCCCCCCCGCCCAUCUGGGUCGAGAGAUCGACCGUCUGCGCGCAUUGUACGAUGUCAAGGCGUACGGGCGAUGGCCGCCACAUGUCAAUGUCCUCUAUCCGUUCGUCGCAGUCGAGAGUCUGCCUCGAGCAAUGGAGGUAAUCCAGUCGAAAUUCAGAAGCACUGGCUCCGACCAAGCCAUCCAUCUCUGCCUUGACAAACCCGACUACUUUGCUCACAAACGCAGCAAUACCAUCUUCCUUACCGAGGACGACCGCGACAGUGACGCCAGGUCUAGUCGAAAUCUUGUGCAGCUCCGAGAAGACAUUCUAGAAGCGUUCAACCAGCCCAAUGAUGAAUAUCGCCUCCAUCUCUCGAUUGGUCAGACUGACGCACACGAUGUCUCACUGCGCGAGUAUCUGCUGGCCAAAGCAGGCUUGCUGCUUCCAAUUGCCUGGCGAGUCGAAGAGCUCGUCGUUCUCGUCCGGGAAAGGCUGCCAGGUGGUGUCGCGGCGAGUCCGAUGAGAGUCUGGGGAACCAUUUCAUUGACCGGUGACUUCUGCAUCACGAUGGGCAAACCACUCAAUUUGCAGAGAAGUGCUAGCAUUGGGAGUACACUGCCCCAAGAUGAGACAGAUUUAAAAGCUGGCCCACCUUCAUCAAACAAGAAGCCAAAAAGUACACCCAGCAUGUCGGCUGCAGUACAGCCUGGGGUUACCUUUCAAUUCUUCACGACAGAUGGCAUUUGGGCUUCUGUUCAACCGUCUCCCCUGCCGUCAGAGGAACGAGUCACAGCCGGUUCAUUGACAAUAUCCACCUACAACGUCUUUAUCGAUGACAUCGAUCCACCGCCCCGGGAUAGGUAUCCCAUCCUCCUGCGGAACCUGCUCUCCGAGUCUGCAGUGGCAGAUAUGCUGGUCUUGCAGGAAGUGUCCGAUGACUUUUUGUCCUAUCUCCUAAAGCAAGACGGCAUUUGCAGCCGCUAUCCUUUCGCCACACAUGGUCCGCCAGACCAGCCAGGGAUCGGUCCGUUGGCCAGCCUGCGGAAUACCGUCGUGUUGAGUCGCUGGCCCUUUCGCUGGGAAUGGCUGCCAUUUGAGAAGCGCCACAAGGGCACCAUUGUGGUUGUGCUCGACACUGUCGGGACGUACAAAGAUUCGAAAUUUCUCCCGCUCAUCAUCGCUGGUGUCCAUCUCACCCGCGGACUGACUGACAGCGCCAUUGCUGCCAAACAGUCCCAGGUCAGGGCGCUACUCAGACACCUGACCGAGAAGUACCCCGACAACCCAUGGAUUGUCGCCGGCGAUUUCAACAUCACAACAUCGACGUAUACGCUUGACGCAGCGGUGAAGCGAAAAUCCAUAUCCCCCCAGAGUGCAUCGAAGCUUUCUUCUCUGGAUACAAUAUUCUUCGAGACCGGACUGUGUGAUUCGUGGUUUGCCGCCCGAGCCAGCACAAGCGAGACCUCAGGUUCGUAUCAUGGUAGGAUGCAAUUUGAGAACCUGUAUGAAGGCGAAGAAGGCGCCACCUUCGACCCGACGGCGAACCAACUCGCUGCUGAGGUCUCCGGAAGAAGCUAUCAAAGUCGGCCACAGCGGUAUGAUAGAAUAUUUUUCAAGGGCGAUAGUUUCAUCGUGACCAAUUUCAACAUGUUCGGUUUCCCGGGGGGAGACAAUCACAAGCAGAGCGAGGAAGCGCAGGUACGCUGUGGAAGUGACCACUGGGGAAUUCGAGCUUCGCUGGAUCUGGAUCAAAAUCCUAUAGAGGCCCAUACAUCCGUUUCCAUCCAGGUGAAAAAGGCGCCUCCCAACCUCGCAGAUGUCACGCUCUUGAAGGCCUAUCUGGAUGAGCACCAGCAAUUCCCUACAGACGAAGAAGUCAGCAAACGCAGGGAAGUAUUUUCUCUUGUCAAGGAUAUCUUGACGCAGAAACCGCAGUCUCGUGACGCUGCAGAAAGCCGAUCCAGUCUGUCGUUUGUCGUCGUCCCAGUCGGCUCGUAUCGCCUUGGAGUGUGGAACACAUCCUCUGAUAUCGACUGUUUGUGCAUCGGGCAGAUCAGUCCCAAGACGUUCUUUGCACUUGCUACCCCGAAACUGCGGAAGGCGGCCGAUCUGGGUGUACACAUCUCGAGAAAGGUCAAGGCCGCUUCUGGGACCAUGCUGGAGCUGGACGUUCGAGGCAUUCGACUCGAUUUACAUUAUUGUCCUGCUACAAGUGUCGUGGAAAGAUGGCCCCAAGUCCUGGAAUUGCCACCCUCAGAUCCCGCCUUCGACUUGCCGAUUCAGUCAUUGAUCAGACUGAAUUGCCUUAGGGACAUGGACUAUCUGCAACGGACCAUCCCUGACCUCGCUGCCUUCCGUCUGGCAUAUCGAUUCAUCAAGACAUGGGCGAAGCAACGGGGCAUCUACUCCUCCAAGCUCGGCUACUUCGGGGGCAUCCACAUCGCCCUGCUGCUGUCGCGCAUCUGCAAGCUUUCUUUCCGCGAGACGGGGGCCCUCACGGCGUCGGACCUGAUCUGCACAUUUUUCAGUCACUAUGCCCACUUUGACUGGAGGACGCAGAUAGUGUUUGAUCCUUCCUUUUACAAGCAGCCGCCACGGUACUACCGAUCUGCGCGGGAGCCAAUGGUCAUACUGGGGAUUCACGCUCCCAAGGUCAACGUAGCCCACACUGCCUCUCUUCCAUCGGUGAAGACACUGGAGCAGGAGCUGAAGGGGGCAGACAAUCUCCUGUCCAAGGUGGACGUCACCUGGACGGAGCUCGUUGGGACUACGACAGGUGUCGAUGUACCCAGCGGGGCCAGUGAAUUCUUGAAAUCGUACAGCAGCUAUGUGAAGAUCGACGUGCACUACUGGGGCAUGUCCUCUGUCAAGGGCAAAAUGCUUGUUGGCUGGUUGGAGUCGAGAUGUGUCCUGCUUCUUGUUGACAUUAACCGGAAGUUCCCCGAUCUUCAUGCCAGGAUCUGGCCCGCGAGAUUCACGAAUAUGGAGGAGAUCCACGAGGACGCGGGAGAAUACCAGGGGUGCUACCUGGUUGGCCUUGCGAAGGGAGAUACUGCCGGCACGGGAACGAUGAGCGAAUCCGACCAGAGGUCGGCCCACAUCGCAUUGCAGGCGGUCCUCAACGGAUUUGCGGAGCAAAUUCGUGGCGAUGAAGUGUAUUUCGACGCGUCUUCAUCCUGGGUGGAUGUGACGCUUGUCAAGCAGUCCGAUCUGCAGGACCAGCACCUCCGAAUCGAUGAUCGGGAUUGGGGAAACACGUUCGUCGAGGAGGAUUCUGAUACCGAAGACGAGGACGAUCUUGGUGCUGACGGUGAUAUUGAUGCCGUUCGUGACGAUUCCAAGCAGAAAAUCUCACCCUUGCGCCCAAAUGUUCCCAAACCAGCCGGUGCAAGCCGGCUUCGUCCUGCAGGAGACAUCCUCAACCGCCUGCGGUGGGACCCCAACAUCGACAGCAGCGACUACCUGGUCGGAUAUGAAGAUCGCUUCGUGGGUAUCCGCGAGGUAGGGAUCGAUCGGUGGAAGUCUGAGCAGACGGAGGAGGAGUUCAUUCCCCAGCACAGGAUCGUGUAUUUCAAGCGGAAGAGCGAUGGGGCGGUGGUGUGGGAUCGCACGACGAGGAGAGAUGAGAUUUUUGGCAGUGGUGAUCAGGCAGGACAGAACUGA